AUGGAGGAUAACACCGCUGUCGGUACCGUCGCUGCCGACGUCUUUCCCGAGAAGGGAGCUGUCGACCCCGUCAUCGAUGAGUCCUGGACUCCAGACCAGCUUCCUAAGGGAUGGAUGUACAAACGCCACGGCAAGCUUCCCUGGUAUGCCUCACCUUCGGUCCAGCUUGGUCUCGUCGCUUUCGUGUGUUUCCUCUGCCCGGGUAUGUUCAAUGCCUUAAGUGGUCUCGGUGGAGGUGGUAAGACCAGCACUCAUACCGCCGAUCAAAUGAACAUCGCGCUCAACUCGACGUUUGCUGUUGUCGGUCUCUUGGCCGGUAGUGUUGUCAACCGUCUGGGUGUGCGUGUCUCGAUCGCUUUCGGUGGUCUCGGCUACUGUAUCUACGCUGGUUCCUUGCUCGCUUCCGUUCACCACAAUGUUCCCGGCUUUAACAUCUUUGCCGGUGUCUUCCUCGGUCUCUGUGCCGGUAUUCUGUGGGCCGCACAGGGUGUCAUCAUGGUCUCUUACCCAACCGAAGCCCAGAAGGGUCGCUACUGGGCUUGGUUUUGGGGUAUCUUCAACAUUGGUGGUUGCAUGGGUAGUUUGAUUCCCUUGGGCCAAAACAUCCACGUCAAGGUCGCUGCCACCGUCAGCGAUGGAACCUACAUCGCCUUUAUUGUGCUGAUGGUUGCCGGUGCUGCGCUAGCACUUACUCUCGUCGAUGCCGACAAGAUCAUUCGCUCCGACGGCACUAGGGUCGUGCUGAUGAAGAACCCCAGCUGGAAGUCGGAGUUGUUGGGUUUGUAUACCUGCAUCAGAUCCGAGCCCUAUAUUCUGCUGUUGUUCCCCAUGUUCUGGUCUUCCAACUGGUUCUACACCUACCAGGAGAACGCCAUCAACGCCGCUUAUUUUGACACCCGCACUCGCGCCUUGAACGACUUCCUCUACUGGUUCGCUCAAAUCUGCGCCGCCAGUGUCAUUGGCCCGCUGCUUGACAAUAACAAGUUCCGCCGUACCACCCGUGCCCGUAUCAUGCUUGUAACCCUCGUCGUCUUGACUGCUGCCAUAUAUGGCGGUGGCUAUGCUUGGCAAGAGAAGUAUACUCGUGCUGAUGUAGCCGCUGACUCGGGCUUCGUUGCGUGGGAUUGGACCCACAAGGGAUUCGUUGGACCCAUGUUUCUUUACUUCUUUUACGGUGCCUUUGAUGCCGUCUGGCAGGGCUGCGUCUACUGGACCAUGGGCGCUCUUUCCAACUCCGGUCGUCGUGCCGCCAACUACGUUGGUUUCUACAAGGGUUUCCAAUCUGCUGGCGCUGCCGUCAUGUGGUCCUUGGACAACAAUGAGAUGUCCUACGUCAACGAGUGGGCUACCAACAUCGGUCUGUUGCUCGGAUCCCUGCUCGUCGCUGCCCCUCUUAUCCUCUUCCGUAUCAAGGAUCACGUCCAACUAGAAGAAGAUCUUAAGGAUGUUGACGAGAGUGUCGAAGAUGUCGUCCCUACCGUUCCUACAACGGAGAAGGCCUAG